GGAAAUUUCUGCGGGACUGAUUCAACAACAGCCAUUGAGGCGUUUUAGCCGACUGCAUUUCACGUGUCUUCUAGAAAAUACGAGUAUUUGAACAAAAAGUCUACUGAAUAUCUUCUCAUAAUUGAAACAAAGUCGUAAAGUGACAGACAUGUCGGUCGUUGGUGUUGAUGUGGGUAGUCUCACGUGCUUCACAGCUGUAGCUAGGACGGGGGGCAUUGAGACCAUAGCAAACGAGUACAGUGAUCGAUGCACACCAGCUUAUGUAUCAUUGAAUGAGAAAACAAGAUCCAUUGGAACCUCGGCCAAAAAUCAGUGUAUCACAAAUGUGAAAAAUACAUUCUCCUGUUUUAAAAGAUUUAUUGGUAGACAAUAUGAUGAUCCCUUGGUGCAAAAAGAGUUGCAGGAUCAUCCGAAACCAUAUUUGGUUACUAGGAGUCCAACUGGAGGCAUUUUACUACAGGCUAGAUACAUGGGUGAGUUGCAAUCAUGGACACCAGAACAAGUGACGGCCAUGUUGCUGACCAAGAUAAAAGAAACGGCAGAGAAUGGUCUCAAAACCAAAGUUGUUGACAUUGUUGUGUCUGUACCCAGCUAUUUCACUGAUGUUGAGAGGAGAGCCAUGCUGGAUUGCUGUGAGAUCAGUGGAUUAAAUUGUCUCCGACUUAUGAAUGAUUCCACUGCAGCUUCACUGGCAUAUGGUAUAUACAAGCAAGACCUACCUGGAGAGAAUGAAAAACCAAGGAAUGUUGUCAUUGUGGACAUGGGGUAUUCAACCACCCAGGUCGCAGCUGUGGCAUUUAAUAAGGGAAAACUAAAGAUGCUGGCAGUAGAAUCUGAUCCUUGUUUAGGAGGGAGAGAUUUUGAUAAAGUACUUGUGGAGUAUUUCGCCGAAGAUUUCAAAACAAGAUACAAAGUUGAUGCCCACACUAAUCCUAAGGCUUAUGUGAGGUUGACUCAAGAAUGUGAAAAACUGAAAAAGUUGAUGAGUGCAAAUUCCACAAACAUUCCUAUAAACAUUGAGUGUUUCAUGAAUGACAAGGAUGUGUCAGGGAAAAUGGACAGGACCAAAUUUGAAGAGCUGUCAGAACAGUUGUUGGCAAAAGCAAGAACAUUAUUCACAAAAAUCAAGAAUGAAUGUAAAGACAUAUACUCUGUUGAGAUUGUGGGUGGCUCUUCACGUAUCCCAGCAGUGAAGAACUUGGUGCAGGAAAUAUUUGGCAAGGAACCAAGCACAACUCUGAAUGCAGAUGAAGCUGUUGCUCGUGGCUGUGCUCUGCAGUGUGCUAUCUUGUCUCCAACUUUCCGUGUUCGAGAUUUCAACAUCAUAGAUACACAGCCCUACCCUAUCACACUCUGUUGGCAGGGGGGAACAGAAAGUGACUCCUCUUUGGAGGUUUUCCCAAGAUUUCAUCAAAUCCCAUUCUCAAAAAUGUUGACCUUCUAUCGUAAGGAACCAUUCCAACUUGAGGCAAGAUACACAUCACCAGAGAUUGUCCCACAUAAAGAAUCAUAUUUAGGGUGCUUUAAUAUACAAAAGGUCACACCUGCUGCAAAUGGGGAAAGUGCAAAAGUGAAAGUAAAAGUUCGAAUCAAUAAUCAUGGUAUAUUCUCUGUAAUGUCAGCCACACAGACAGAACAAUUAGAGGAGGAUGGAAAAGAGGAGGAAAACAUGGAUGUUGAUGGAGAGAAAAAGGCAGAAGCCCAAGUUAAUGGGGAGACACCAAUGCAAACUGACCAAGCAGGAGAAAAAUCUGCGGAGAAAACUGAAGGUGGAGAAGAGAAAAAGGAAGAGGGUAAAGAUGAAAAAGACACCAAGAAAGCCGUAAAGAAGAAGGUAAAGAAAACAGACCUUCCUGUGGAGCAACUGGUACCUCAACUGCCACCUGAGGAGAUUCUCAAACUAGUGGAACGCGAGAAUGAGAUGAAGAUGCAGGAUAAGAUGGAGAAGGAACGCAGUGAUGCUAAGAACGCGGUGGAGGAGUAUGUGUAUGAUAUGAGGGACAAGAUCAGGAGUGAUUACGCCCAGUUCAUGAAAGAAGAGGAUGCAGACAAGUUCCACCAGCAGUUAAUGGACACCGAGGACUGGUUAUAUGAUGAAGGAGACGAUCAGAUGAAACAUGUCUACGUAGAAAAACUGGAUGAAUUGAAUGUAAGAGGAUAUAUCAAAA